ACCAUUUUUAUAAAUCUCACUCUUAAUUACGCUUCAUAAACAAAUCCCAAGUGGCUGGCAACAUGCUGCACUGCUACAUUGCGUAUCUAACGCAAUACAGGUACACGCAACCAACUCUGCGAUCGCAUAAAUGUUGCUAGAAAUACCAAACACAGAUUCUGUUACAACAACACACCUCGCAGCUCGUUGAGAGCGCGCUAGAAAGUGUGACGAGUACUGGCGCUCAGAGCGCCACAGAGCACGCAAGGUCGGAGUGAAAGAAAGUGCAAAAGUUGCCAAGCGACAACAGUUAGUACAACAGCAUACGCAAGCUAGGGAAAUGAGAGCCGACAAUCUCUGCAGGAGAGCGUAUUAAAUGAGAAAAACCAAAGGGGACAAGCAGGCAAACCUGUGUAACUUGCUAUGGCACAAUCACAGCUUUGGCGAGACCAAAAGAAAAGCCAGCACACAAAGCGGGCCAACAAAGAAAUGCAGAAUAUUGCGCUGAGCAUAUGGCAAUUGGUUGCAAGCAACAAGUUUGAUGUGCGCUUCAAACUGCCAGUCAACAGUGAAAGAACUGACGGCAGAAAUGAGCGCGCUGUGACUUAGCCAUGACCAGUUGGCGGUCACGGCCAACAAAGCUGGGAAAAUGCUUUGCAACAAAUGCCGCUGACGAGCUUGCGCAUGUAUGUAUAUGUGUGUGGCGCGUGUUUGUUGCUUCAGAUAUUUCUUACUUGGCGUGCUCUCACAACCAACUUGUGCUGGCGCGCUCAGCAGCUGCGCGCCUGCUUCGCUUUGUGGGCUUGGUGACGCUGUUGGCACCCGUGCUGCCUCCCUGGCUGCACUCUGGUUGCAGAUGGCCGUCGCAGAUGGGUUUGGUUGAGCCAAAAGAAAUUUUAAAAGACGCUGCAAAAUCUGUUUGCUGAACAUUUGUACCGCUGCGGUGCUACUAGUUACAGCUCGUCGAGUUCGUCGCUUAAGUCUUUCGUUUUAGAGUUUGUUUCAUAAUUGUUAAAUACUCUUUUGUGUCUAAACGUUUGUGUGCUAACUUGAUUUUUUCCUCGGUUCAUAAAAACACUGAUUGGACACUAUUUUUUAAAGCGUUUUUUGUGUGUGUAAUCACUUGACUGUUGGUCAAACGGGCACUUUAAAGCAGAAAAUCCGAUUUUAAACGAGUGAACUAAAAAAAGAAUGCCAGAAAUCUUUAAAAGUAAUUUAAAAACAUAGAAAAAGAAUUAAACGGGCAUUGUGUGUAAAUGUUGAUGCUACAGACAUACUUAUAUAUAAAGAGACUAGCUGCUUGAAGUGGAUGUGGCAAGCGUAACGCCGUUGCGGCAUUGCACGCGAAGUGAAGUAACCGACCAACACAAAGGUGGAGGCUUAAGCUUGAAAAGAAGUCAAGAACAGUUAGUUGACACUAAUACGGCUUGUCGCUGAAUUUAUUAUUUUAUUUUCAUUUUUUGUUUGGCUCGCAGCAGCUGGCAAAAGAAUCAGCAAGAAGCUAAAGACAAAGAGUUGUGUAAAAAGGUGGCUGGAACUGUGAGUUGGGCAGCAGGACUACGGCAGACGUCAUUGAAAUGAAGUAAAUGUGAAAUGCAGAAGGAAUUAGUGGCGCUGGUUAGAUAAAAACGUGUGAACGAAUAAGAAUUUUAUAGAGAUUUGAAAAGAAUAUAAAAACAUAAGUGAAAAAAAUAAAAUAUUUUAAAAUUUUAUUGAAAAUAGCUAGGCUCAUAUUUUUUAAACUACUUGUAAUUGAAGUAAUUGAAGGAAUAUCGUAAGAGUUUUUUCCACAAAUAUUACAAAUAAAAAUACUAAGUGCUCCAUACCCAAAUUAAACAAAGCAUAGAAACUAAAAUUACAUACCACGGAUUCUUAAGCAAAAUUGCACAACAAAAAGUAACAAUGAGAUACUCGCGUUUAUCCUCACUGGCAAUGCUGGUUGCUGCCACAUGCCUCACCAGCUUACUACAGCACUGCAGCAGCGCCAACGCUGAAUAUCCUGGCGUUAUCGAGCUAGUCGGCUAUAGUAAUCGGCGCGCCCGCACACACUAUAUGCCGCCAAUUGGCGAUAGUCCCACACUGGCGCCACCCCCGGCCAAAAUACAGGCUGAUAUCGAGACGGUGAAAGCGAAUAUCGAAAAAUACAAUAAACUGCUGACGCUGGAUACGAAAAAUCUGCCAGAAUCGCAAAAGGAUAUGCUGGAGCGCAUCGUGGAGCGUGUGGCACGGCUCAAGGAGUCGCUCGACAUUAAUGAAAGCGAGCAGCAGAGAGCUGCUGCGAAGCCAGCGGAUAGUGAGAACAGCAAUAGUGAAGCUGCAGCAGAUAAAACAUCGUAUGCUACCACAGAGGCCGCAGCAACCAACGCUGAAGCCGAGACCGAUCCCACUUUGGUCUUGGAUGAGACUACACUGCUACAAUUGCAGACCUCUAUGGAUGAGUUGGCUGCGGCACAAGCCGCUGUCACUGCACAAACCUCGGUUGCACACGAAUUGCCAACCACCACGGAAUACAAUUACAAUGCUGGCAGCGAUGAGGUCGAACAAACGGAGAGCGCCACAGAUAGCGCUGAAAAUGAGGAUACCACUGAAGGUGCAUUGGCAUCUGGCGCUGAUUAUCCCACCACCACAAUUGAUCCACUCACCGACGCCACCGACUCCGACGAUCAAUUCGUUGCAGCACGCUCCAACAACAACAUAGCAGCAGCCUCAAUCAAAGCCGAACCAGAGGAUCUGAAUGGUGGUCUUACCACAAUUGGCAGCCAACGCACGUUAACCACCAGCGGCAAGUUGACAAAGACGCGCGCCACCAAGAGACCCGGUUCUGGCGGUAUUACCAAAACGGGACAUACCUCGAAACGUGGCCAGAAACCUGGCACCACUGCGAGCCUGCAUCGUCAACCGGCCGGCAAUAAGCAGAAAUUGGCCACAACCACCACGCAACCACUGCAAACCUAUCAUCAUCAACAGCAGCCACAACAACAACAAUACGUGCACAAACAGCCACAGCUGCAAUAUCAGAAGCCCCAAACGGCGCAACUGCCGCAGUCCGCUUCCUCGCCCAUGUACCAAGCGCACAAGGUGUCUGCGUUGCCGCCUGCCACACAGUCCACCGAUAAGACUUCAGCUGCCGCCGCCGCCGCUGCUGCUGCCGCUGCGGCUUCUACAGCCUCCAUCGCUUCGCUGCCGUCCACUUACUCCUCCACGCCGAUCACUACUACCUUGGCCAACAACUAUGGCAAUGCCAAUAAUAAUAAUGACAUGGACUACGAGCCCCAAGUGAAUACGUCGGCGUUAAUUGAUAGCCUGAAUCAUGCACGCGAGGAAUUCUACCAGCAGAAGCAAGGCGUCAGCAACAAGGAUAAGAAACCAUCGGCCACCGCCAAGCCGACAAAGUAUCACUACUAUCCGCACAAUCAACAUAUCUACUUGCUGCCCGAGUGCGCGAUACAGCAGGUCUGCAAUGCGGUCUAUGUGCGUCUGAAUUACACACAGCCAUUAUGCGCCUGUCCAUCAAGAUACCGUGAUCCCUGCUCGGCCAGUCUGAAUGAGGACGAUCAGCAUACAACGAAAUUGGUGGGCGACAGCAAGAAGAAGCAGGCAAUCACUUUGGCGAAGACAUGCGAGGCCACCACCGAGAUGCGUGAGUGCAGCUCACCGAAGGACUGGUCUCUAUUGGCACUGCAGAAUAUACGCACCGGCAAGUCGCACUAUCUAAUCAUCUGCAGGUGUCCCGACCACUUCAAAAUGGAGGGUCCCAUGGCUCACGAUCAACCCAAGUACGCCAGCGUGCCCGGCAUACGUGUCUUCGGCAUGAUGUGCGUCAAGCCCGGCUACUCGGUACGCAAGCCAUCCGCACAGCCACCCAAGCGCUAUCAGCUACAAAAGCCAUUCUACCGUCCCAGCACGCAAAGCAGCAGCGCCUACAUCAACGUACCACAGUACGGCGCUAAAGACACCUAUGGCCGACCGAGCUCAUCAUCGUACGCCGCCGCAGCGCAGGCCGCAAGCAGCAGCAGCAAUUACCAUUCGGAAAAUAGCUUUGCUAGCCAACACGGCCAGGCCGGCGGCUAUCAAUACUUGAACCGGCCGGACAGUAGCAGCGGCAUCAGCAACAUUAACCCACAUCAAUCGGCCAUUAAUGUCGGCAACUAUCGACCGGAUACGCUCACUUCGAUUAACAACUUCCAAACGGGCAUCUACGGACGCAACAACGAACGCAAAGGCGAGACACCAAUCGAAGCGGCCAAAGAUGAGGACAAGUCGCUAAAUACGAGCACACAACAGUCGGCAGAGACGGCAGCUGCUGCAGCUGCUGCAGGCGGCGGCGGCAUCGAGGAGACAACGUCGAGCGGUGAUUUGGCGGCGGCCAAGUCGCAGCAGCAGCAAAAUGAAGAGGCACAAUUGCGCGCCAGGCGUUCGGUGAACGAUAUAGCGGCCAACGAGUGGGACGAUGACACACCCGAGUUCCCAUGGGAUCGUGUUAUGGAGUUUCAGCAGACGAUCGUUUGGGAUUGAGGUGAACGUACGUAAAUACAUGAACUCGGGUGAAAGGUGAGGACGUGGCGUAUGAGUAAUUCUUUUUUAAUUUUAGUAUAGAAGUGAUCGAGAGCGAUCACGAGUGCAGUGGUAGAAGCAGGAAUAAAAACAAAAACAAAAUUUUAAUUGAUAAAAUCGCAUAUUAUAUAAAUACGAAGGAGUUAAAUAAAAGUAAAACUGUAAGAAUGUAAGAGUAUAAGAGCCGGCAGUUCCAAGCGGCGUUCAGGUUUUGUGAGACAAAACUUUAAAGUGAAAGAGGCGAGUUUUAUAGAAAAAUUACUUAAUCAAACGAUUACUGUGACUGAAUGAACGAUAAGAAAAUUAAAAAAAUUAUAUUAAAAUUAAAAAAAAAUAUUAAUAAUUAAAAAAAAAUUAAUUAAAAUUAAAUUAAAAAAUAUUAAAAAUUUAAAAAGGAAUAAUAAUAAAAAAUGACAGCAAUAAUAAAUACAACAAAAGGCAGUAUAUAACGUAAUGAGCCUAUGGUAUAUACCAACAAAUAUUAGAAAUUCACGGAAAAUUAGUGUUUGCUCAGCAUAACCUUAAAUUUUUAAGCAAAUAACUAUUUUUUAGCUUAAAAAGAGGAGUUUAUUGUAAUCAGUAAAAACUGUAACACAUUUCAAAUCAAAAACUACAUAAUUUCCCAUAAAUGAUUCUUGGAAACAAAAAUUUUCGUAUCUACCCUAGAAAUAUUGCAAUUCGUGGUAGUUUCUUUUCAGCGACACUGAAAAGGUACAACAACUUUGUACUAAGAAAUUAUUAUUUUUAGAUGACAACUAAAAGUAAAUUUACCGUAUCAAUUAAGUUCCACUAUCGAUAAACGUUUAUCGAUAUACUAAAUUACUUUUAGCGCGAAUAUAUUUUAGCAUUUUACUUUAUCUUAUUUUUAUAUUUACUUAAAUAUAUUAAUUACAUACACAUUACAAAUUAAUUGAAGCAUUUCGCGCUUGUUUUUGAAGUGCUUCGA